AUGUCUACAUUGUUUCGGCCGGCCCGCACAUUAAUGCACCCUUCUACCAGCUCAAAAAUCCCGAGAUUAUUCUUGCAACUUCCUCCGACUUAUCGAUCGUUCCAUGCCUCCCCACGAACUCAGUCUCUCGAUUCUGUAUUAAUAGCUACACAUGGGGUUUUAGAAGGACUACACUCUUUUACUGGCCUCCCAUGGGCUUUUACACUACCUCUCACUGCUUUAGCUAUUCGGACUGUCCUUAUCUUCCCACUCGGCAUCAAUUCACGACGAGCUGCGCAAAAACAAAUCGACUUAAUGCCCCUCAUGAAUGCAUGGCAACAUCAAUUUAGAAAACAAUCAAUACAAGAGGUUGGCCAUUUAGGGCCGGAUGCGGCAAACCAGUUUGUUAAGGACAAAAUGAAUAAGAAGAAGAGUGAACUCUAUUCAAGACACAAUUGUGGUACUUGGAAACAUUAUCUGCCAUUUUUGCAAUUGCCCGUCUGGAUGAUCGCUGUAGAGACGAUUCGAAAAAUGUGCGGCGCGCAUGAUGGAUUAUUGAAAUGGAUCGAAUCGCUGUUCACAUCGAGUAAAGCAAAUGAGGCAACGGCUACCACGGAUCUUGACCUGGGCUCUCUACUAUUAGAGCCAACCUUCGCGACAGAAGGGGCAUUGUGGUUUCCCAAUCUUCUCAUUUCGGAUCCAUUGUUGAUACUACCUUUCAUGCUCUCUGGGUCCAUUCUAUUGAAUCUCACAAGCCAGGGGAAACCUAAGAGUGUAUUCAUGAGGAGAUUAAUGAAUUCGUUGAAGGUAGUCGCUCUUGCAAUUAUCCCACUUACAUUGCAGAUGCCGAGUGCAAUGUUGGUGUAUUGGACAUCUUCCUCUUUACUUGCUUUUGGACAAGCCAAGAUGUUGGAUGUUUUUAUGCCGAUUAGAAAACCUGUAGUACCAUGUAAAGGGGGCCAGCCUGUUAGAUAUGCAGGUACCAGGGAGAGGAGUUAA